AUGUCUGAAACUGUUUCGUUGAAAAGGCCAAGAUCCACUUCUAAUAAUGCUGAAGAACCGGAUGAAAAGUAUGUUGCUCACGCGGCAUCUCAACAAAUGAUGAUGAAUCCGAACAUGGCUAAUAUGGCUCGUGGAGUACAACCAGUUGGUUUCCCAUUAAUGCAAUACUGUCAUAUGAUACAACAAAUGCAAAAUCAGCAAAUGGAAUAUCCAAUGGGAAUGAUAAGGAAAGAGAAAGAAGACGCUCAAUCAGCAUCAACAACUCCAGCUUCAUCUCGAAGACAAACAAUGAGUAAGCCAUCAAUGGGUCCGCGUCCGAUUCGUGUUCCACAUCAAUCACUAUUUAAUCCACUUCAAUUCGGACUCAUGCCACAUGCACAACAAUUGGCUCCACCGGUUGAAGAAUCAGUCAAAAGUCCAUCUCCAGCCGCAGCAGCACCACCAACCACUCGUCCACAAUCCCCACAUCAUAUUUAUAAUAUUCCAAGUUUUCAGAGAGCCGAUGAAGAGAUCUAUAGUAAAUUCGUUGAGUCAGUUCGUGUACUGGCAGCGAAACUGGCAGGAGAAAAGAGCUGA